AAAGAUUUUCUGAUCUUGUAGAUAGCUGAAGUAUUGAUAACAUCAAGGAAAUCGGUCACAAUUUGAAAAGCAAAAGUUUGAUUUCCAGACACUACAGAAAAAGAAGUCAGAAUGGCAUUGUACCAUCACCACAUCCUCACGGGAAGAAGGAAGCGUCCCAUGCGGAUUUUCGUGAACGAUGACCGCCACGUGAUGGCAAAGCAUUCUUCGGUUUACCCGACACAAGAGGAGCUGGAGGCGGUGCAGAACAUGGUGUCGCACACCGAGCGCGCGCUCAAGGCUGUGUCCGACUGGAUAGACGAGCAGGAGAAGGGCAGCGAGCAGGCCGAGGCCGACAACAUGGAUGUGCCUGCCGAGGACGAGAGCAAGGAAGGGGCCGGGGAACAGAAGACGGAGCACAUUACCAGAACCCUGCGGGGUGUGAUGCGGGUUGGGCUUGUGGCAAAGGGCCUUCUGCUCAAGGGGGACUUGGACCUGGAGCUGGUGCUGCUGUGUAAGGAGAAGCCCACAACUGCCCUUCUGGACAAGGUGGCCGACAACCUGGCCAUCCAGCUUGCUGCUGUAACAGAAGACAAGUAUGAAAUACUCCAAUCUGUGGAUGAUGCCGCAAUUGUGAUAAAAAACACAAAGGAGCCUCCAUUGUCCCUGACCAUCCACCUGACAUCCCCCGUUGUCAGAGAAGAAAUGGAGAAAGCGGGAGCUGGAGAAACGCUAUCAGUCAACGACCCCCCGGACGUUCUGGACAGGCAGAAAUGCCUUGCUGCCUUGGCGUCCCUCCGACACGCCAAGUGGUUCCAGGCCAGAGCCAAUGGGCUGAAGUCGUGCGUCAUUGUCAUCCGGGUCCUGAGGGACCUGUGCACCCGCGUGCCCACCUGGGGUCCCCUUCGAGGCUGGCCUCUCGAGCUCCUGUGUGAGAAGUCCAUCGGCACGGCCAACAGACCCAUGGGUGCCGGCGAGGCCCUGCGCAGAGUGCUGGAGUGCCUGGCGUCGGGCAUCGUCAUGCCAGAUGGUUCUGGCAUUUAUGACCCUUGUGAAAAAGAAGCCACUGAUGCUAUUGGGCAUCUAGACAGACAGCAACGGGAAGAUAUCACACAGAGUGCGCAGCACGCCCUGCGCCUCGCCGCCUUCGGCCAGCUCCACAAAGUCCUGGGCAUGGACCCUCUGCCUUCCAAGAUGCCCAAGAAACCAAAGAACGAGAACCCAGUGGACUACACCGUUCAAAUCCCCCCCAGCACUACCUACGCCAUUACCCCCAUGAAACGCCCAAUGGAGGAGGACGGGGAGGAGAAGUCUCCUAGCAAGAAGAAGAAGAAGAUUCAAAAGAAAGAGGAGAAGGCCGAGCCCCCACAAGCCAUGAACGCCCUGAUGAGAUUGAACCAGCUGAAGCCAGGGCUGCAGUACAAGCUGGUCUCCCAGACGGGCCCCGUGCACGCCCCCAUCUUCACCAUGUCUGUGGAGGUGGACGGCAGCUCCUUCGAGGCCUCUGGGCCGUCCAAGAAGACUGCCAAGCUGCAUGUGGCCGUUAAGGUGUUGCAGGACAUGGGCUUGCCGACGGGCGCCGAGGGCAGGGACUCGAGCAGGGGGGAGGACUCUGCCGAGGAGAGCGAUAUGAAGCCGGUGCUGGCCCCUCCCCCCAUGGUGGAAGCCAUCUCCAACCCCAGCGCUGUCUACCCCUCAGAUGCCACCGCUGAGAACGUAAAACAGCAGGGGCCGAUCCUCACCAAGCACGGCAAGAACCCCGUCAUGGAGCUCAACGAGAAGCGGCGCGGCCUCAAGUACGAGCUCAUCUCGGAGACGGGCGGCAGCCACGACAAGCGCUUUGUCAUGGAGGUCGAGGUGGACGGGCAGAAGUUUCAAGGUGCCGGGUCCAACAAAAAGGUGGCCAAGGCGUUCGCUGCCCUGGCAGCGCUGGAGAAGCUGUUCCCCGAUGCCCCUCUUGCCCUCGACAUUAACAAAAAGAAGAGAGCCCCGGUGCCCGUCAGAGGGGGCCCCAAGUUUGCUGCUAAGCCGCACAGCCCUGGCUUUGGCAUGGGUGGCCCCAUGCACAACGAGGUGCCCCCGCCCCCCAGCCUUCGAGGCCGGGGACGAGGAGGCAACAUCCGCGGGCGAGGCCGAGGGCGAGGAUUUGGUGGUGCCAACCAUGGAGGCUACAUGAAUGCUGGCGCUGGCUACGGCAGCUACGGGUACGGCGGCAACUCGGCCACGGCCGGCUACAGUCAGUUCUACAGCAACGGAGGGCAUUCUGGGAAUGCUGGUGGUGGCGGCGGCGGGGGCGGUGGCAGCUCCUCUGGCUACAGCUCCUACUAUCAAGGUGAUGGUUACAACUCGCCGGUGCCCCCUAAGCACGCCGGGAAGAAGCAACCGCACGGGGGCCCGCAGAAGCCCUCCUACAGCUCGGGCUACCAGUCACACCAGGGCCAGCAGCAGUCCUACAACCAGAGCCAGUACAGCGGCUACGGGGCCCCGCAGGGCAAGCAGAAGGGCUACAACCACGGCCAGGGCAACUACUCCUACUCCAACUCCUACAGCUCCCCCGGCGGGGGCGGCGCCGACUACAGCUACGAGAGCAAAUUCAACUACAGCGGUGGAGGCCGGAGUGGCGGGAACAGCUAUGGCUCUGGCGGGUCGUCCUACAACCCGGGCUCACACGGCUACGGCGGAGGUUCUGGGGGCGGCUCCUCAUACCAGGGCAAACAAGGAGGCUACUCACAGUCAAACUACAGCUCGCCGGGGUCCAGCCAGAACUACAGCGGCCCGCCCAGCUCCUACCAGUCGUCACAGGGCGGCUACGGCAGGAACGCAGACCACAGCAUGAACUACCAGUACAGAUAAGGCCGCGGCCGCCCUCCUGCACUUGCUCCCCAUUGGAAGAUUGGUUUAUGCAUCACAGUUACCAUGUCAGCCGGCCCCGGCCUCGCCCCCGUCCACGUUGCCGUGUCGUGCGGUGCAGCGGGUCAGUCCCUUGACCUGUCCUGUGACCCAUAUUUAGCCGUGUUUGGGACUCCAUGUCUUCAAUGGUUUGUUAGUUGCCAUGACGACUUUGUCUGGGUAGUUUUUGAGUUCCCGCAGUUCAGUAUCCCUCUGUCUAUUUACAAUUGGUGUUAGUGUUAACGCAGUUUGUCUUUAAAUAGUCACGGAAGGGAUACGGCAUCUGUUAAUGCUUUUGUGAAGUGAGUUAAACGAGCUUUCUGUAUUUUAAUGCUUUAGUGUUUCAGUUU